AUGAAGAAGCAACAUGAAUCUGCCACCACUCCCACCUCCACUAUUGCCACUGUGCCAGCCAAAGCUGAGGCUGCCACCACCUCAACAUGUCACUGUUGUUGUCUGGUGACAAAACUGAUGAGAAAACUCAAGAGACGUAGUAGGAGCCGCACACUACGACCCUCUAGUGCAAGUAGACAAGGUUCGUUCCAAUGUCGCUAUGAUCCAUUGAGCUAUUCCUUGAACUUUGAUACCUCUGGAUGUGGGAGCUUAUUGGAUGAGGAUUACUAUAAGUUCUAUGCCUUUUCUUCAAGGUUUGUGGCAAAUACAAGAACUUCAUGUCCCAUUGUUCAAGUAGAAGGGAACUCUCAUUAG